AUGAGAACUGGAGUCAAACCACACGAAAAUGAAAUUUUCCAAUUAUCGAUUCUAGAUAUCAAAUCCGCCAAAUCCCUCUGUCUGAAAAUCAGCCCAGACAUCGGUGACGUAUCAAAAGCAGCAAUUGGAAGAAAUAGAGUGGAAGAUUUGAAAGGAGUUCUUGGAUAUGAUGAAAUACAUUGUUAUUUCAGCGAAUACUAUUCGAAAAAAAGUAUCAUUUUGGUAGACCCCGACACUUUUAAAAGUUCUCAUUAUAACAGUCUAUUGGCAAAGGGAUGGCAUGGGGACUUUCAUAAUGUUCAAUAUUUGGAUUACAGAUUGUUGUUGAAUGGUAAUAUUGGAUUCGGCCCUGAUUUAGAUUGCUCUCCAAAAAUAAUGGGCGUUGUAAACACCCUAUCUAAUUUGAUUAUUUUUGAUGAUUUAUCAAAUGAAUUAAAAGAUCCAUGUAUUACCAAACUAAUGAAGAUUCAUAGACACUUUUAA